ACCAUGUGGGGACCCCAGAACCCCAAGCCAGGCAGGCGGGACACCCAAGGUCUGGGGUGCAGCUGGGAUCCCCCCAAACCAAGGAUGAGGCCCUCCCGAGCUCUCAGGCAUUGUUUCCAUUCUGUACACACGGGAGUCUUCCCUAAGAUGAUGCCCACACCGUACUUCUCAGAUCAUUAAAUAGCGCCAGGGGGGUCCUUUUGUACAAAAAAGGAGACCUGUCAGCUCUAUGACUUUGGAGUCCACGAUCCCUGCAGGUCUCGGAGCAGGGCACGUGGGUCUGCGAGAGCAGGGAGACCCUUGACUGGAGGGCCCAGGACCCUGUGGUCAGGGGACCGCAGGCCUCAGUUUCCCAGCUCCAGAGGCAGCGCUGAGAGGGCGGAGAGACGGUUGGUCCCGCCCCCUGCCGCCCAACCCGGACCCCGGGACGCCGGGCCACCCGCCCCCCCCACCUACUGCCGGCGUGGUGGGCGGGGCUUCAGCCUAGUCCCUUCUGGGCCCCGCCCGGUUCUGACGUUACGGUGGGCGGAGCCUUCCUCGUCCUGCCGUGGCUGUGGACGGUCCGACCCCAGCCCUGACGUAACGGGGGCGGCUCCGCCGAGCCCCGCCCCGGCCCUGACGUCGCGGUGGGCGGAGCGCCACCCCCGGGCCUGGCAGUGCUGUUCGGUGCGGCGGGGCGCGCGGAGGGAUCGGCGCGGCCAUGCGGGUCCCGAAUCGGAGCCCGAACCCGAGCCCGAUCUUCGGCGCGGCGCGGCUCCCCCGACGGAGGCGACGGGCGCGGGGCGCGCUCUGAGGCCUGGGGAUGCGCCGCCGCCUCGACCAUGGGCGCCGUCGCCUCCCGGAGGAGGGCGCUGCGGAGCGAGGCCAUGUCCUCGGUGGCGGCCAAAGUGCGAGCAGCCCGAGCGUUUGGCGAGUACCUGUCCCAGAGUCACCCCGAGAACCGAAACGGUGCAGACCACCUGCUGGCUGACGCCUACUCUGGCCACGACGGGUCCCCCGAGAUGCAGCCUGCCCCCCAGAACAAGCGCCGCCUCUCCCUCAUCUCCAACGGCCGCUAUGAGGGCAGCCUCCCGGAGGAGGCCGUCAGUGGGAAGCCGGCCGGUGAGGGCCCCCAGCCCCGUGUGUAUACCAUCUCUGGGGAGCCGGCCCUGCUGCCCGGCCCCGAGGCCGAGGCCAUCGAGCUGGCUGUGGUGAAGGGGCGGCAGCAGCGGGAGCGGCACCCCCGCCACCAUAGCCAGCCCCUGCGCGCCAGCCCGGGCGGCAGUCGUGAGGACGUCAGCAGACCCUGCCACAGCUGGGCGGGCAGCCGCCAGGGCUCCAAGGAAUGUCCCGGAUGUGCCCAGCUCGCCCCCAGUCCUUCCCCUCAGGCCUUUGGGCUGGACCAACCGCCCCUGCCUGAGGCCGCCAGCCGCCGCAAGAAGCUGGAGAGGAUGUACAGCGUUGACCGCGUGUCUGAUGACAUCCCCAUCCGUACCUGGUUCCCCAAGGAAAACCUCUUCAGUUUCCAGACAGCAACCACAACUAUGCAAGCGGUGUUCAGGGGCUACGCGGAGAGGAAGCGCCGGAAACGGGAGAAUGAUUCCGCGUCUGUAAUCCAGAGGAACUUCCGCAAACACCUGCGCAUGGUCGGCAGCCGGCGGGUGAAGGCCCAGACGUUCGCCGAGCGGCGCGAGCGGAGCUUCAGCCGGUCCUGGAGCGACCCCACCCCCAUGAAAGCCGACACCUCCCACGACUCCCGAGACAGUAGUGACCUGCAGAGCUCACACUGCACCUUGGGCGAGGCCUUUGAGGACCUGGACUGGGAGACGGAGAGGGGCCUGGAGGCUGUAGCCUGUGACACUGAGGGCUUCGUGCCACCCAAGGUCAUGCUCAUCUCCUCUAAAGUGCCCAAAGCUGAGUACAUCCCCACCAUCCUCCGCAGGGACGACCCCUCCAUCAUUCCCAUCCUCUACGACCACGAGCACGCCACCUUCGAGGACAUUCUGGAGGAGAUAGAGAAGAAGCUGAACGUCUACCACAAGGGGGCCAAAAUCUGGAAGAUGCUGAUUUUCUGCCAGGGCGGCCCAGGACACCUGUACUUGCUCAAGAACAAGGUGGCCACCUUUGCCAAAGUGGAGAAGGAAGAGGACAUGAUCCACUUCUGGAAACGGUUGAGCCGCUUGAUGAGCAAAGUGAACCCAGAGCCGAACGUCAUCCACGUCAUGGGCUGCUAUGUCCUGGGGAACCCCAACGGGGAGAAGCUGUUCCAGAACCUCAGGACUCUCAUGACCCCUUACAGGGUCACCUUCGAGUCCCCCCUGGAGCUGUCAGCCCAAGGGAAGCAGAUGAUUGAGACCUACUUUGACUUCCGGCUGUACCGCCUGUGGAAAAGCCGCCAGCACUCGAAGCUGCUGGCCUUCGAGGACGUUCUGUGAGGGGCGGGUCACCACCCGGCCGCUUCCUCGGCGCGGCGACUGGGGCUGGGCCGCUGUGUGCUGCCCGGUACCGCGUGGGUUCUGGUCUUCACGGCCACUUCAGGGCACCCUCAGACGUCGCUCAGGUUCCCUUCCAGGGGUCUGGUCCUCAAGGCAUCACGGGUCAAAGAGGUCACAGCCCCCACGCCGGGAGGAGCCACCGCGGCCGGUGGACGUUGACCGGGUCUAGGCCUCGCCCGGAGGCUGCAGCUCUGGGGCGGCGCCUGGGCAGCUUCAUAGAAAUAAGUGCAAUUUUCUACAGCCCCUGAGACGACUCAAAGGGAAGCAGCGUUACUAGUUAACUAGUUAAGUGCUCCGCUACUAGUCAUGGCGUAGAUCACCCGGCUCAACGUGUGUUCAGGACCUUGUCUGCCCCAGCGCCCCAGCCCCGCCGUAUCUGAUCACCAGCACCAGGGCGGCCCGCCUGCCCGGCCUGCCUCCGUCCCUGGCCGAGUCCCUGAUCGUCUGUGCUUGCACUGCUCUCGCCACCCCUGCUUACCUGACUUCGGCUGCGCCGGCUCGGCAGGGGUGCCUGGGCAGCAGCUGGGGGGCACAGCUUCCUUGCUCUCAGAGCGGGCGCUGGGUCGAGCCAGGCCCUGCCUGCUCCCCGGCCUCCAGGCCCGCCCAGCUCCCUGCUGCUGUCGAGCUCAGCUUUUGGCGGCCGAGCUCUGAAGGCCUCUGCUAGUGCAGAGGCCUGGGGUCUUGGCGGGGCCUGCCGGGGCUGGGUCCUGGUGGGUGAGAAUCCUGCUGCACUCCACGUGGGGGCCUGGACCCUGCAGCUGGAGCCCGAGAGCUGGGCGGCCGGUGUGCUGUGGGCUCGAAGCCUGGCCCGCGGCCCAGUGGGUGAGCUCUCUUGUACAUAGCUGGGGCUCGGGGGCUGGCCCCCCUUUGCAGAGCCUGGUCUGAGACACCUGGCUGUGCCCCCAGCCAAGGGGGGGGCGGGGGCUUGUGCCGGGCUCUGAAAAAUGUACGACCUCCCUUAGAGUGACCAUUAAAUCUGAUCCCCUGCUGCG